UCCGUGUCCUCUGCAGGCCCCGAACUUGACCUCCAGUCGGCCUCUCCAGGCCCAGCCUCUGCCUGUUGGCAGCCACUAGAGGCCCAGCCUCUACCUCAACAGUGUGCCCUCCAGGCCCACCUCUUGCCUCGCCGUGGCCUCCUCCGGCCAGGCUCCCACCUCGGGGCGGCCUCCGCAGGCCCAGCUCCUGCCUCACGGAGGCCCUCCGGAGGCCAAGCUCAUGCGUCGAGGCGGCCUCCCCCGGCCUGGCGUUUGCUCCUUUGCAUGGGCUCCAGGCUCUGCACUUCCUCCAGUCGGCCUCUCCAGGCCCAGCUCUUCCUCCCGGCAGCCUCUGCAGGACCAGACUGUUGUCAAGUAGGCCUGUCCAGGGACAGCUGCUGCCUCCCGGCGGCCUCUGUAGGCCCAAGUCGUCCUCAAGUCGGCCUCCCCAGGCCCAGCUCCGGCCUCUCGGUGGCCUCUGCAGGCCUAAGUCAUCCUCAAGUCGGCCUCCCUAGGCCCAGCUCCGGCCUCUCGGCGGCCUCUCCAGGUGCAAAAGUUCCUCGAGUCAGUCUCUCCAGGCCUAGCUCCUCCUGUCUCCCAGUGGCCUCUUUCGGCCCAGCCCAGCUCGUGGCUGUAGGCAGCCUUCCCAGGCCCUGCUUUUGACUUUUGGCGGCCUCUUCAAGCCCAGAACUUGAUCUCCAGUCAGCCUUUGUAGGCCCGGCAUCCUGCCUCCCGAAAGCCUGCACAGGCCGAGCCUUGGCCUCACAGCGGACUCUCCACGCCCAGCUAGCUCUCGCCUCACUGUGGCCUCCCCAGUCCAAAGCUCCUGCCUUUCGGCCGCUUCGGCAGGCCCAGCUGCUGCCUGCCAGUGGCCUCUUUAGGCCCAGCUCAUUCCUCACAAUGGCCUUUUCAGGCCCCGUUUUUCCCUUCCGGCAGCCUCUUGGCCUCUAAUUUUUUUUAUCUUUUGUGUAUAAAUCCCAAAAUAUGGAAUUUUGGAAUAUUUCCACCAUUAUAUAAAUAUUUUUGUAGGUAAUUUA